UUAAAUUUUGUUGAGUGUGUCAGAUAAACCGAAAUUUGAACUGAGUACAGUACAGUAUUAAAGUAAGAAAGGCUAGUCAGUAGGGAGACCCUAGCCCAAUUUAUUAAUUUACUACAUUGAGCUUUAGUCGUAGGCCUAUAUAGAAGAAAGAAGCUGAAACAGACCUAAAUGAAUACCCUGUGUCUUCAUUCACAAAAUUAAACAUUUAAUUUAGUAAGUUAGUAAGUAUUUAGUAUGUAUUAGUAGUAGGCCUAUAACUAUAAAUAAUAGUAAUAGUCUAGUGAAAGUGAAAUUAUUUGUGUAAGACGUGUUAGUUUUAGUGCAAGUCUUAGUUAAAAUUAAGAUUUACAUAUUUUACAUAUCACUGGGGAGGCCCUUAUUAAACUCAUUGUAUCAUUGUAACUUUUAACCAGCCUUUACUUUUACCAUUACCUUAGUCUUAGUCUUAGUCAUAGUCAUAGUCUUAGAAAUUAUUUUUACGAAGUGGCUAUUCUGACCAGCUACCAGUGGGAAUUUAUAGGCAUAGGUUAACAUUCUCUUCAUCUCAACUAUAGAAAUGCAAACUCGAUGAUGCUGCAUCUUGUCUUACCCUAAGAGUGAGUUUCCAAUAAUUGGAAGGCUGAUACUGAUACUUUGCCAAGCUCCAUGUCCACAUGUUACUUAAAACAAAUCUAGAAAUAUGAUGUUCAGUUUUAUUACAAAUACAUAAUUGAAUAGUCCAAUAUAGGCUACAGUUAAAGCUAAGUGCUACAUUUGAGUUAGUUUUAAGGUGCAACAUCUUUAAUUUCCAUUUUUGAGAAAAAAGGUAGGCCUACCGUAGUUAAACAGUUUCAAUAUGACAUGAACUUUCAUUUCAUAAAACAUUGAUUGCAUAACGCAGUGGUUCUCAAAGGGAUUCCCCCUACGCCCACCCUAUAUCUUUCAAAUGAAUGGUGUUUAGUGGUAAUUUUUUUUUAGGGGGGGGGGUUAGAUAAAUUAACAUACAAUAAAGUACCGGGUGUUGAUUAAAUUUAAAUGUUUAAUGAGUAACCUGUGGUCGUAGUUUUGUUUUUUUUUGGUUUUUUUGCACAGUUUUAUAUUCAAUUAAUGAUAAUUGCAGGUGAAUGUUUGGUUCUACAUUUAAUUGGCUUCUGUAUUUUGUUUUUGUAGCUGUAUUGGAGAAUCCUGCUUUACAGAGAUAUAUAUUCCGGUAGUUAGGAAAGGCAGAAAUACUCAUUUUGCUUUCGCAGACAAGAUUUUAAAUUCAUCAUGUAAAUGCAGCCAAAACUUCACUAGAAAAACAAUAUUUAGUUCGCUGUGAAGUAUCAUACUUAUGAAGACCUUAUAUUCUGCUAUUCAGGCCUACCUAUGCCCUACAUACUUAAAGUCAUCAAGCACCUUAUCUGGAGCUGUCGGAAAAUUAUGUUCAGACGAGUGUUUCAAAUAUUAGAGAUAAUGCCAGAAAAUGUUGCCAUAAUUUUAUUGAAUCUUGAUGUUGUUUUAAUUCAUGAAGUUUUUUGAAAUCUUCAUUUUUCACACAAUCUAACAAAUACGUAAGUUUCCUCUUAAAAGAAGACACUUUUACAUUUUCAUAACAGAUUUGUCACUUUUUCCAUGCAAUGAUGGAUUCAUAUCAUUCAUAUUGCUGAACAUUUCGGCUUAAUAUGCCAGUUUUCCAUCAAAAUUGCUAUUACGGUACCUCUGCACCGAGUUCCGUUAAAGGUGUCAAUUCUUUUCCUCAAGACAACUACCUUUCUUUACUUUGCAGUAGGCAUGACUGAUGGUGACCUCCAAUAUCUUCACAUAGCAGUCUGAAUAGUCUGCUUGAAGAGGUCACUAUUUUACAUAGUUGAUUAUUUUGAUGGCAUUAUUUAACACAAUACAAUAGGUACAAGCUAGCGACUGUUUAUGAAGAUCGCUCUGGCUGCUGCUACAUUUCCUAUCUUUAAUCUUGCCAUUACCUCCUGCAUGGUGACGCAUCAUGGGAACACCAUUAGUACCGGUUCAUUUAUCUUCACAUUUUUGCCAUGGCAAUUUAUUUUAUGAGAAGAAAUCAUCCAGGAUAUUAAAUUUUACCCUUUUUUUGUGUUGGUCUGGUAGUCAAAAGAAGAAAGUCCUCCUGGGAGGUUUUUAAGUACCAGCAAACAUAAUGAAGGAAUACUUUAAAACAGUGAAUUCAUCCAGUUGCAUCUCAAUUUGUUACACUGAUUCGACUGAUAAGUGACUCUUUCUCAAAGUCAGUUUGUAAUUUCCAGUUCUUAUUUUCAUCCUGCUUUUUCCAUAUUCCUCUAAUUUGAUUCAUUUAUUAUUUAUUUUUUUUCCUCAUGGAGCCCUGGAAAGGUGCUUGCGUAGCCCUAAGACUUACACAGUGCAAUGGUUUGGAACCACUGAACUAAGUUGAUGUAAAAGGCCUUCAUUUAAAAUAAAUCAUAAGCUUAUUUUUCUUUAAAAUUUCUGUAUAAGUCAUAGCCAAAUAGAUAUGACUUUCUUUGCUUUGCAAGUUUAUGGGAAAUACUCUGGCAAUUAAUUUUCAGUAUUUCUAUUCCAAACAUAAUAUCAAUGACACAUCUGACAGAAAAUCGAAAUUAUAAACAGAAGUGUGACAACACACAAUACUUGUUUUUGUGUGUUGAAAUAUUACUUUUAAAAAAGGUCUUACUAUUAAAAUUGUCCUAGUUGACCAUUUUUAAUUCAAUCAGAAUGUUUUUUUUACAUCUUAGAAAAAUGUAUACCAGUAUGUGCAAUACCUGAAAACAUGUUUUACUUUGUUUGGUUCAUUAAAAUAAAGAUCAUCUUAUUUUGUCCUAUCUUAAAUUUUAGUUGCCAGUACCGGUAAUUGUCAAGAGAUGAAUAAAACCAAUAUCAAAGUAUGUUUCCAUAUCCCAGCUGAAUUUUCCGAUGAAUAUAUAUCACAGGUUUGUAAAAUUGGGAAUUCCUAUGAUUUUAAUUAUUAUAAUUUUAAAAAAUUUAAAACAGAUAGAAUGUUAAUGUUUAUUUUCAAAAAAUUGGUUACUACUUUAUUGUGAUGAAUUAAGAAUAUACAAUUUAAAAAAGGGCUAUUUUUUAUUUACUAUCUAUCAUGUUUUCAAAGGGUAUAUUUAUGUUCUGUUUAAUAUAGCAUCAGUUAGCAAUAUCACUCUUCAACUUCAAUAAUUUUUGGUUAUUAAUUCUUUUGACAGCUAAAAGACAAGCUUAAAAAGCUGAAUCGUGGCCAGCUAGAGAUCUUAAUUUGCAUCCUAAGCAGAGAAAUCUAUAGACUGGAGAAAUGUCAAACAUCCAGCACUAUAAACAACCACAAAGAGAAACAUCUGUUUUACCUGGAGGAUGUGCCCUUUGAAAGUGCAAAAGAGCCCGUGUUAGAAAAUACAACCAUACCAGAAUUAAGUGAUCAAGAUUUCCAAAACAGAGACGAUUCAUCUUCUUCAAGUCGAGUCAGUAAUAUAUAUUCCAAUUUGGAUUAUAGUUUCAUCUAAAAAAAAUUAUACAGGAGAUUUAUUAAGUUGAAGCAUUUAACUUUAACUAUUAACUUAAGCAGUUUCUUUUCACUUUCUUUCCUAUUACCAUAGUAAUAAGGGGGAGGGACUACAGUCAGGUUAGGUAGAAAGAAAUAAGCAAAACUAAGUCAUGGAAAUCCUGAAAAAAAAUGAUGCAACAAAAAAUUCAAUGAGCUGCAAAGAACAGUGAAAUAAAAACAGUAAAUAAAAAAGAAACACUUAGCUGCAAUGUAGUAUCCGAGAGGACAGCAAGACGAAUGUAUAGAACAUAAUUAGGUAAGAGAGUCAAUAAUAAUAAUAAAGUUCAUUUCAAAAACACGCUUCAUCCCCAAAGGCUCGAAGCGCGGUACAAAGUCAAAAAAAAACAAAUCUAUAGUUUACCACAUUUAAAACAAACGCAACACGACAAAAACUAAGUACAAGCAUACAAUGGCAAUGCAUGCAUGCAAAGGACAUCACUUGCUUAGAUUUUUAGAAGAAUGGGCAGCUCAGUGCUUUACUCGGUCUUGCAAACAUUAUGUGAUUAUGAUAUACAAUAGAUGUGUGGCUGUGUGCAGGGAGGCCCCCUGGUGCCUUAGGAUAGUCUUCAGAUGUUUCCUUUGUACCAGUAGCAAUGUUGACAAUGCUGUUUUGUGCACCCGCUGCCAGAUGAUGUAUCUAGGAGAGACUUGAUAUCGCCUCUCAGACAGAUGUACUGAAUGCCUGAACUGUUGUUUGUUGCUGAAGAAGGCUUUCUGCCAACAACUUAAGUUGUUUUGUUGGGUCUUUUUUUCAGGUUUUCCCCUUUUUUGUUUCCCUUAUUUCUUUCCUAUUACCACCUUGCCUGAUGAAACUUUAAAUCUCAUAUCUGAAGUAAAUGAUUUUAUUUUGUACAUACAUUGCACAGGAAACACCACUGCAUGGAAGUCUGUCCCAGCAGAGUCUGAGGGUUAUUGAAGAUCACAGAAAGGGCCAGUUAGAAGUAAUUGAUGUUGCUAGUGGUCAGAUGGUAUACAGUAAAUCAUGGCACGGAAAUAUUUCCAGUGACACAGCAGAUGUUUUGGAUUCAUUGGUUGAGGUGAUUUAUGAUGAAAUACUGAAUAAUUAGAUUUCUAAAUUCUAGCCUAGAUUAAAAAACUGAAAGGGAAUAGAAUGGUUUUCUAUUAUUAUUAUUUUUUUAAUAGAAAUGACAGAAAGGUACCGUAUCAGAAGGGUUUUCCUAUCGAUUUUAUUUGCAUUAAAAAAAGAUCUUGUGAAUUUAAGUCUUAAGUAAAUGUAAUUUUAAUGCCAAUAAGCAGAGAUGUAUCACUGUAGAUUUUACAAUAAGGCUACUUAGGGAAUGGGUAGCAUUAUACAUUGACCAUUGGUGUAAACCAAAGUGCUAUAAAUUAGUUCUUUGAUAGCUGUGUUAUGAUCUCAUGUACCAGUGAUAGUUACAUGCCUUAGAGUUUGUUGCAUGCCUCUGGAUAUUAUUUCCACCUGUACUAUAGCAUGUUCACGAUUAUUGUGAAAUGGUUCACCAGAGUCCAGUAUGAACUUUUUCCCUGGCUAUCCCAGUAGACACACACCUAUUAUGAUUCUCAUGGGGAGAAGUGUCCACUGUCCAAAUGGCUUCAACCAAUACUUUAAUGAUGUUCUAAUCACAUGACAUUCCCAUACACUUUUUCUCUGCAAACUAUAGUAGGCUGUCCCUUCCUUUGUAACACAAGGUUAGAAGAUGUUUCAGGGUUAUUGAGAUAAAAUACCUGCUGCCAUCCUUGGUAUCUCUUUGUGUGUGUUUAGUUCUGUUUUUCUGAAGCCAACUGUUAGUAUUAAUGUAACCAACCAUAAGUACGAAAUGUACAUCCUCUACACUUAUAAAAUAUUUAUUAUAUCGUUGUUAUUCUUAUUUCAUGAACGGAGGAAUUGGGAUCUGUGUUCUUUGAACUUACCUUUGUUGAUUAUAUUAGCGUGACGCAUGUUCUCAUCUUCCUCAUUCUUUUGAAGGUUAUUUCUUGUGCUGGUUUUUGCCAAACCGCAUAACUCAUGUAUUACUGUACUGCCUUGGUUUGUUUUUUUUUAAUUAUUGUCUUCUCACUAGUAAUUCUAGUGUGUAAAUAAAUAAACUAUAAACUAUAAACCUUUGUCCAUUGUUUUGUAGAUGCAUAUGUAAUUUGAUUUAAAAGACCUAAUGUCCUUUUCUUAUUACAUGUCAGUUUAUGCCCCUGGGUGACAUUUAGACCAACACCGCUAGACAACGACGCCACCUUAAAAGUUGGGUUUAAAAUAUGAAAGGGGGCAUAAUAAUUUCAUAAUUGUAUGUUUCCGAGUCUAAGACUUAUUCACUUGUAGAUAGGAUUUUACAACUGCUUGUAAUUUAUUGGCUUGUCUGAGUAGUUUUAUAAAUUAUUUGAAUAUCUUCUUGUUUACCAAGUUUUAAAUUAUUGCCAUUAUAACUACAUCAUCACAUUACAUGCUCCCCACAUCUUAUUUCUCUCCUAAAAUGUUUACUCAAAAAGAAUUUUUAUUGUUGGUUUAGAUUUUCCUAUGUCACCUCUUUUGUCCUCUGAUUCUUCAAUAUAAAUUUGAGGUCUCUUUGUUUAAUAAGAAUAUUGAUGGUAUCAAUAAACUUUCUUCUCUUUUUUUUAAUUCACUACAGAAAUCACUUCAGUAAUUAGUCUACCUUUUUUUUAUCUUUCAGGAAAGGGAUAUGAGUGUUGAUCUGUCUGAUGAAGAAGACAAGUUUGCUCCAAAUAAAGCUCUCUCCAAUGAAGUAAAAAGACUUAAAAACAAAAAGUUUAAGUUUGAUUCUGAACAACCCAUUAGAAGUAAAUCCGAAAUGUCAGAAUGUAGAGGAUCAAAUUCUGGUGAACGCUAUAAUAAAAACAAGGCCGUUGUGGAUGAUGAAAAUAUGUUUUGUCAAGUUUGCAACAAAGAUUUUUAUCACAAGGACAAUUUAAAGUCUCAUCUGAAAAAAAAUCACAAUAAAAAGACAGUGCUCUGUUCAUAUUGUGGCAAGCUAGUUCUGCAUUUUAGGCUCGAGACUCACCUUGAGAAAGUUCACGAGAAGCCAUCAUACACCUGCCAUAUUUGCCAGAAGGGUUUUCUAAAACGAGAGUGCCUUGAAGGACACAUCAACAAGCACAGCAACACUAAGCCUUACAUUUGCGAGCACUGCGGCAGGAAGUAUGCUUACUCCACCAGCUUGUACACCCACAAGAGACUUUGUUCAAAAUCCGCUGUUCCAGCCCAUCUCCUCCACCCCAGGAGUCUCGAAGAAAAGGACACCUUUUGCAUCUGUGAGAUAUGUGGCAUGAAGUUUGAAGGCACAAGUGGCCUGAAGGAUCACCACAGUGCAAAGCAUGGUGGUAAAGUUCAAUGUUGUGGAUUUUGCGGGAAAAAGUUUCAGUGGCGGCCUUCGUACAACAGACAUGUAAAGAAGUGUAGAGAGAGGACAGAGCUGGAGCGUGCAAGGUGCCGCAAACUGGCCAGUAUGUCCACUGGAAAAAUAUUCACAUGUGAAUGCGGCAGACAGUAUCCCUACCGUCAGUCUUUUCAAAGACAUCAAAAAACUUGCCCACAGAAGCAGGACAUGGAGUCUUUCGUGAUGCCUUCAAAUGCUGUAUCUAUUGCUGCUAAUAACACUGCGGCUACGGUUCAUCCAAGCCCUCUAGGAAUUCCUCUUCCUGAGUUUUUAAAUUUGUAGAUCAUUUUUGAACCAAGCUAAAAUCUAUUUCAUCAGAUAGCCCAAGUAAAGACAAGCAAGAUGGGAAAUAACUCUAACAUUUAAAAGUGCAUGAAACCACAUGCUUUAUGAAAAUUGAACUCCUGCUAGAUCCUAAAUCAAAUGCAUUCAUUUUAAGUUCUUUUGAAUAUUCAUACAUGCAUUGAAAAUUUGUAAAUUAUUACUAUCAGGUGGUUAUUUUGUAAAGUUAAAACAUAGAAUAUCAGAAUUUAAAUUAAAAAAUUAAAAACUUAGUUAUAACUACCAGUAUGAUAAAACAAUAAUUAGUUGCAACUCUCAAUAGAGCAUGAAGUUUGCCUUUACAAUAAGACAAUAAUUAAUAUGAUAUUCUACAUAUUAUUACUUAAAUUUUAAAAUAAAUACAUCAAUAAUUCUAGGUUUAAUGUGAAAAAGAUAAUUAAAUUAUGUAUUUAUUUUUUAUUUAAAGAAAUUUCGUAUUACUGGAAACAAAGCAUUUCAUUUUCAUGUUUUAAUUAUUUACACUAUAAUAGAAGCAGGUUUGACAGUGGAGUUGCCAUUAUUUUAUUGUUGCAUUGUUUUUAAGUAAUAUAAAGUUUACAACUAAUGGUUCUGUUUGACUAUAAAAAUUUGGCAGAGUAUUUCACAUGCCAGUGUCAGCCACAAAAAUUUUCACUAUUUAAAAAGCAAAUAUUGUCAUUAUGUAUUGUGAUAUAUUCAUUUCUGUGAUAUCAUAUCGCAAUUAAAUAUGAAUGAUCUUUUGAAAUUGUAGCCUUAGGAGCAAAUUAAUUAUUAACUAUUGUAUGCCUAUGGAGCUAAAGAUAAAUAAGAGCUUUUAACAAUUAACUGUUCAAUUGACAGAAUCAAUGUGAUUAUAAGGAAUAAUGUUUUUGAAUAAGAAAAAA